UCAAAAGUACCAGUCCGUGUGCGUUUCCUGCCUGCUAUGGAGCACUUCAACUCACCUCCAACAAAUUAUGACUUGGAAACGAAUGUCUCCACGAAUGCGUCAAAAACAGCCGCAAAAGAGACAAGUGUGGCUUUCCAGGCGACUGUCGGCUCGGUCCUCGGUGCCAUUACGCUCGCCACGUCUCUCUCCAACGCGUUCGUGAUUGCCACUAUUUCCCGCUCGAGGAAACUGCACACGCCGGCCAACUUCCUGAUCGCGUCCCUGGCGUUCACCGACCUCCUUGUGUCCGUGCUGGUGAUGCCCGUGAGUGCGCUCUACACGGUGAGCCACACGUGGACGCUGGGCCAAGUCGUGUGCGACAUCUGGCUGUCGUCGGACAUCACCUGUUGCACGGCAUCUAUACUUCACCUGUGUGUCAUCGCCUUGGAUCGCUACUGGGCUAUCACGGACGCGGUGGAGUACGCGACAAGGCGCACAACAAGCCGCGCGGCUGCCAUGGUGGCUACAGCCUGGGUGAUCGCCAUCUCCAUCAGUCUGCCUCCGUUUUUUUGGCGCCAGGUGAAAGCUGGAGAGGUGACGAGCUGCGAGGUGAACACGGAUCACAUCUUUUACACCAUCUACUCCACAUUCGGUGCUUUCUACAUCCCGACGCUUUUACUCAUCGCCCUGUACGGGAGGAUCUACGUCGAGGCGCGGCGGCGGAUCUUAAGACAGUCGCCCAAAAAGUUUGGGAAGAGACUCACCUCAGCGCAGUUAGUCUCCAACUCACCAGGAUCGACGUCUUUGACCUCGGCUCGGCAAGACGACGCAGGCUCGGUGAUCAGCGACAACCAGGUCAAAAUCACCGUUUCCGACUCGCUUUUGGAGAAAAAGAGGAUUUCUGCGGCCAGAGAAAGGAAAGCCACGAAAACCCUGGGCAUCAUUUUAGGAGCGUAUAUAGUCUGCUGGCUGCCGUUCUUUAUCUACACCCUGCUGGUGCCCCUGUGCCCUUCGUGCCAUGCGUACCCAGAGUUAUUCGACUUCUUUACGUGGCUCGGCUACCUCAACUCUCUCAUCAAUCCCAUCAUAUACACAAUGGCGAACGAUGACUUUAAAAGGGCUUUCCAAAAGCUCGUGAGCUUUCGAUUUUGCGUUUCCUGAUGUGAAGAGGAAAAUUUGGGCGGAAAAAACUCUAAUGCAAGAUUAAAUCAGCAUUCACAUAGUCAAUAGGCUAAGUCAGGAGUCAUUAUGCCCGAUUUAAUUAUCAUCCUGCUCAAACAGUAGCCAACAAAGCAUGCAGCAAUAUUGUGCGCGUGUGUGUGUGUGUGUGUGUGUCAGUGUUGCAUUGUGAUUAUUUUGCAUUAAAAAAAUAAAUAAACAAUAAAUAAAGGAUCACGGUAAAUAGCUAUUAUAUCAUUGCUGCUAAGCAACCGGCGAAUAUUGAAAUGAAAUAGAUCACUGAGUGCUGAAUCAUCGGUGCAGCUAUAAUACAAUGUAUUAUUUUCUUCCAUCAUUUCAUCCAUCCUUGUUUUCCGGUGUUCUUCCUUGAUACAUUCUAAAAGAGAAAUAUCUGAACAGUUCAAUAAAAAAUAUAUCUAGUGGCAAUUAAAAUAAUAUUAGAGAAUUCACAUCAGGAUCAUAUACACUUUUCGCCUUGUUAUUCAAAUGGCUUUAUAAACCAGACAAGCUUAACGUCUGUUAGUGAGAAAGGGGGGGAAAUGAAUUUCUAAUUCAAGUAAAUUGUUUUCCCAUCAGUAAACAGUGUUUGUCAUAUGUGUGUGGAUCCAGUUUGGCCUGUGUGUAUUGAAUUAAAAUUAUAGCAAAUCAGCUUAAUUCAAUAAGAAGUCAUAUUAUCCCAGACAGUCCUCAACAAUGUAAUAUCAAAAGGAGCCUAUAACCACUGGCCUUAAUCAAAAGAUCCCAGAAAAGGUAUGCAAAUUGUAUACAAUAAAUGCAAUUAUAAAUACAGUAAAUGCAAAUUAUAUACAAUGCAUCAGGGAAGAGAUACAUAUAAAAUGAUUUUAUCAUUGUCAUCACACAAAAAAUGAGAACCUUGUUACUGAAAAAAAUCUUUGUUUAUUCUGUUUAUGAAAUUUGCCAUUGGAUAAACAAAUUA